GCGGACUUCACAGUGGGAUGCUGAACUCUUGUCGAGUCGACACAUGAACCUGUCUUCAAGGUCCGUGGAGCCUAAAUGGUGAAAAAAAGUGAACUGGUAAGUUACUUUUUUGUUUAUUUCUGACCUCAUCAGUAUUACAAUCAUCCUAUGAAAUAAUUAUUGAUACAGAGGCAUCAGGGGGUGUCUGGGUAGGGUGCAAAAAUAAUUUGAUAUUACAUUUUUCUAGGAGAAAAAACAAACUUGUUGCAUAAAUGUAGUUGUAACAGCAUUCAUAACUCGCUCUUUCUUUGUCAUUACAUUUUUCCUCAGGUAUGUGAUCACAAAAACAGCCUUUUUUCUUUUUUUUUAUUGUUGUUGAAUGAGGUGGACCUGUAAACUUUGUACUUUUUUCUGUGGAAAUCGCAAGCGAAUCUUUGAACAUUACGAAAGUAGCCAUAGACAUUACGGUGCAAACUGUCCACUACCCUGCAUAUACACAGACUGUGCACAAUAUUUUAGAUCUAAAAAAUCCCUGCAGAUCCAUUUGCGAGAUCAUGGGAUCAUAGAAAGUGGUUCUACUGGACUUGUUGGCUUCAAAUUAAAAUGCUCAUUAUGUGACUUUAAUGAGCAGGUUGGCCUAAAGCAAUAUAUUACUCAUCUUGGUAAACAUCUGAGGAAUAAGGAAUCAGUUAUCUGUCCUUUUAAUCAGUGUCCUUUCAAAUCAAGCAAAUUCUCUAGUUUUUCUUCACAUAAAUGCCGUUGUCACCCACAUUGUACUUUAAAAGACUUUAAGACUGAACUUAUUGUACAAGAAAGUGUAACUGAUGACUUGACAGAAAGUGAAAUAGCUGUUGAAUUGCAAUCAAAUGUUGGUGACAGUGAUAUUCCUGUGUCACUUGAGGAUUAUUCUGACAUUGAAACAGCACACCAUGACACAGCUGAAAAAAUUCAGGGAAGGCUUGGGUCUUUACUUUUGCGAAUGCAAGCAGUCUUGCAUGUUUCCAAACUAGCCACUCAGGAAAUAGUCAGUGAAUUUUAUGAAAUUGGUGUUUUGAUUGGUCACCUAAACGAGCAUACAGUAAAAAAUGUACUUGGAAAGCACUGCUGUAAUACGGAUGAAAACUCAAUAACUUUAGUAACAGAAGCUUUACACAGCCUCAGUCCACUUGACUCCAUUUCAGAAAGUGGGUGUCUGGGGUCAGACCAAAAAAGGUUGUGCUACUUCAAAGAGAAAUUUGGUGUCAUAGACCCAAUUGAAUAUGUUUUAGAUUUGCCAUCAAAGAAAACAUUUGUUUAUGUCCCAGUCCUAAAAACUCUUCAAGUAUUGUUAAAUAGGGGUGAUAUUAUUGACAAAAUUUUAGAAGAAGCAAGUACAGGAUCAAAACCUGGACAUUAUAAGGCCUCGUUUGACGGAUCAUAUUUCAAAGAGAACCCACUUCUUUCUGGGGAAAAUCAAUGCAUUUCCUUAGCUCUCUAUAUUGAUGAUUUUGAGGUCUGUAACCCUUUAGGAACCUCACGGAAAAAGCAUAAGCUGUGUGCAAUAUACUGGGUUAUAGCAAAUUUACCUGUUAAAUACAGAUCGUCAUUGUCUAGCAUAUACCUUGCUCUCUUAUGCAGAAGUGUUGAUGCCAAGACAUUUGGAUAUGAGAACAUUGUAGAACCACUUUUAAGAGAUAUCAAACUGCUUGAAAACCAGGGGAUUUACAUCAGUAGGUUGGGAACCAGUGUUAGGGGUACAGUGUUAUAUGUGUCAUCUGAUAAUUUGGGAGCACAUUCUUUUGCUGGUUUUCAGGAGUCCUUUAACGUUGAUAAGUUCUGUCGUUUUUGUUUGGCCAGUCGUAGUGAUAUUCAGAGUUGUUCAGUACAGAGUGGGUCAUUUUUACUGAGAACCAAAGAGUCACAUAAUGAAAAUCUUUACAUGCUGAGGGAGAAUGAGAAAUUGAAAAGUAUUGACGGAGUGAAAAGAGACUGUACACCAACUUAUGUUGGCAUACUACCUGGAUGUGCCUAA